CUUAGUAAGUGUGGUCUGAAUUUGUUAUGGUAAGAAAUAUAACCAUAAAUGACCUCGAAAUACCGUUGAAAAGCCAUUCAAAGAACAAAUUCAAGAUGGAAAAACACAGAGAAAUUCUCCAGCGGUUGUGUAGACUCUGCGGGGAGCGAUCCAUAUCAUCAGCCAACUCCAAGAAGGGAAAAGUUGCAAAGCUCUGCUCUAACUACAUCGAGAAAAUCGCUGACUCAUUCCAAGUCGACAUCUCCCAUGACGAUACAAACAUUCACCCCCCACAUAUGUGCCACACAUGUUAUACUCGCCUUUAUCUCCGUGGCAAGAAAACCGCCCCAACCUGGGGUUCCCAUACGAUAACAGGCGUCUGCCCUGUGUGCACUUAUUCAAUCCAACAUCUAAGCUCUGGUCGUAAAAAGAGAAAGAAACAUCCAGGGAUUGGUCGACCUAGGAUAACCCCUACAGAGUUCUUUAACAGUCUACCCCAGUCCCCAACAGUCUCAAGAGAGAAGAUGCUUAACUUCGAACCACUGUCCUAUACUUCCCCCAUACUAUGUAAAAUUUGCAACAGGUCGCUUAACAACGCAUUGGAAACAAGCUGCAUGCAUUUAUUCUGUUGUGAAUGCUUGACAGAGCGCUAUGAAACUUCUGGAGAGCGCAUUCUCCCAUGCCCAACAUGUCGAAAACCAGUAGACUUCAAACACGUAGUGACCCCCCGUCUGUAUUUUGCCUCGUUAUUUUUAAGUACAAUAAUGACAUGUAAGGCAUGCAAAGUGGGUGUCCCUUUGGGUGAUAUCUCUUCUCAUGGUUGUGAUCCAAAAGUCAGUAGUGGUCCUUCUGGUAAUCCCAACUUGAUGUUUUUCAUCGUCAAACCACCCGAGAAACAAGUUAGUGAAGUUGUGGAGAUGAUGCAUCGUCCAUUGACUGCACCUCUAACUCCCCAAAUGGAAGAACUUGGCUCACAUAUUCUCAAAUCCAAGCUGGCACAAUCUUCAGAUGGAUUUAGCACUCGGUACAAGACAGCUGGCUUGCCUCUGACAACAGUGUGCAUUCCUAGUCCACGAAAAAGCAGUGAGGUUGCCUCUAGUAAAACUCUGCGACGACGCUCUGAGAUUUUAAACAAGACACGCAAUCUUCUUUCCAUGGGUACUUCUAGGCGGCAGCACCUUGAUGAGCUGAAGUUAAGCAGUUUGAGAGAUGACCUUCAGGAGACGUUGAAGGAACUCAAGUUAGACUCUAUCAGGCUUCCUAGCAUGCAGCUUCUUGCAGCAAAGGCACGUUUUGGAAUCUCCUGGAAACGCAUCAGGGAAAUGAAACGAUGGCUGAAGAGUUACAACAUACUAACAGAAGGUGAGAAUGCAAUGCGUCAACAACAGAAAGACAUCGUUGCAAGUAACAUCAUUGCAGAGAACCUUCCGUUUUCAUUCCCAGAUGAAGUCAAUGGAGGAGUCACCAUCAAGCCCGCCGCUUGUGUAGGUGUGAAGUCACUCGUUGCUAAAGUCACCCAACAGUUUGAGGAAUACCAUAAGGCUGGACAGCUCACAUGGCACGAGGGCAACAUUCCAGCUGAUGAGGUCUGGAUUAAAAUAGGCGGUGACAAAGGAGGCGGAACCUUUAAACAGAUGUUCCAAAUUGCCAAUAUCGAUUGCCCCAACUGCCUUCGACAUACUGUUGUCGCUUGUGCGUUUGCAGCGGGGGAUAAGUACGACAAUCUCAAGACUGGUCUGUUACGCUUCCGUCAGCAAGUCGUUGAUCUGCAGUCCUGUACUUUGAAGAGUCAUAAAAUCAGACUCUUUAUGUUUGGAGAUUACGAGUAUCUCACCCGAGUGUAUGGACUAUCAGGUGCUUCAGGACGACACUGCUGUCUCUACUGUGAGGUCUCUAAAGAUGAUAUGAGCUUACCCCAGGAGGAAAGGCCAGCAACUAGGCAGAGAACUAUGGACACCCUGAACAACGACCUGGCCAGAUUUGUUGCUGAUGGCAGUAAACUCUCCCAUGCAAAACACUUCAACAAUGUGAUUAGUCCGCCAAUGUUCCGGCUUCCACUUACACAGGUCUGCCCACCCGGACUUCACAUUAGUCUGGGGUUAUAUCUCAAACAUUUCAACAGCUUCGAGAGGGCAUGUCAUGAUCUUGACAUGGAAGUGGCAGCUGUGUUAGCCGUGCAAAAAGAACAGCAAUCUGAGGCAGACAAUCCAGCUCUUGGCUCCACGUUCAAGAAUGUUGUCUCAGUAUUGAAGAAGGCUAGGCAGUUAGAGUUGCAGGCAGAGGGCUUAGAUGAGGAGAUCCAGAUCAAAGAAGAGGAACUCAUGGACAUCAUUAUGACAUCUGAGGAAGAGGAGGAAAGUGCCGAUAUUGGGAAUUACAUCGCUGGGACGACAUUAUUACGAGAGCAAAAAGAACGUCUGUUGGCAGAAGUGAAGGCCCUUCGUGAUAAAGCAGCCCUGAAACCGGGUCAAGGUCCUCUAGCUGGUUUACUCGACAUUGUACUCCAGGAGUUCCGGGUUCAGCGACAAGCUUUUGGUUUUGUUGGCAACCAUGUCCACAAAUGCUGCAAGGAAGAAAAUAUCAAGCGUCUGACUGAUGCGGUGGUCAGUAAAACUCAAGAACUUUGUCCUUCACUGGAGGGGGAAGCUAGAGAAAUCUCUACGAAGUAUUCCAAACUAUUCAACCUGUUUGGAACUUGUCAUAGGAAGUACAAUGUAGCAUUCGUCCUCAAUGACCAAGCCAUAGAUACAUUAAACCAAGACAUACGCAACUACCUGGCGUUUUUCCGUUCCUCUUUUCCAAGUGAGACCGUGACUCCGAAGAUGCAUCUCCUUGAGCAACAUGUCAUCCCGUGGUUGCGGCGGUGGCGCUUUGGUUUAGGUUUCCAUGGGGAGCACGGUGGGGAGUCUGUCCAUGCCCAUUUCAACACCCUCCGGCGUGAUGUCCGAGGAAUGAGCACAGAUGUGGACAUACUACGGUCUGUAAUGCAGACUCACUGGGUCGCUACAAGCCCUGCCUAUACUAUUUCUAGAUAAUUGUUUAAUAUCUGUUAAAACACAUCUCCGUCUUUUUAUGCUAAAUAUCUUGCUAACUUCAAUUUAUACAAUUUCACAGAUGAGGUUUAAAUAUUUCUAUUUGACAUGACAAUGACUACUUGACAUGUUUAAAACUCUUUGGGUCAUGUCAGUCCAAGCAUGCUUAUGUACUAAAUUAGUAGAGGGCAGUAUAUAAGAUGAGUGGGAUACUCCCAACGUCUCUUUUCUUUUAUAAGUCAAAUAAUUUAGAAGCUCCGUAUGUUUUGGUAAGCUUUUUUUUGCCUAGAAUGCUAAAAUAUUGGACUGGGUGCAGAAGUCCAGUGAAUAUUUUUAGCCCUUGGCUCUAUCUAAUCCACAAAGCAAUAGUGACUGGCACCUUAAACAAAGAUAUUGACUAAGGAGACUGGGGUAUAGGGUUAGAGCUCAGUUGGUACAUUAACCUGGACUCCAGGUUGCAGGUUCAAGUAUUGCUCUAGUAACUAGACUAAGACUACUGAUAUUGAUUGAUGUGUCACUGGAGUAAAUUAGAUUAUUGACAUCAAACUUGUGACUUAAACAGCAAACGAUACACAAACUUCUGAAGUGAAAAUACUUCUAUGAAGAUCUUUUGUAGCAGUGUGGAUUUGACCUUGAGAGUCGGGUAAUUCAAUAAGUUGCGAUUUGGUUAUGAGCGACAAAAUUUCAUCUUAGGAGUUCUGUAAAAUGAUUGUUUAUAAUAAUUUACAGAAAAUCUUGCUACGCAGAUACAGGUUACCAGCUGCCAUGCCACAGAGGUUGAAUUAUUGCAACUGGUGGCUACUGGCUAACUCAUUUUCUGCUUAGCAAAGAAAUUGGUUGAACUUAUGUGUAAAUUUGUUUUUGUUUUAAUUCAUGAUAAUUAACUAUUUUGAUUUUUAAAUACUGUACUGUUGACUUUGUGCACAAGAUCCAAAUUUGGCUACUGGUUGCAAUGUCACCAUUUUGUGGGUGUCAGUUAUCGCAUGAAAAAAGUGUUGAGACUCAGUAUAAAUGUAAAUGCUGUGUCUCCUAAAUUGAGCACUACACUCUCCAGGCAUUGACUCCCAAAAUGAUGCAACAAAAAUUAUUGUGAUGAUGAUGUCAUAUGAAUUGGCUCUAUAGAUGUUUUUUGAACCACCAACACUAAUAAUUUAUCUCAACAUAUUCAGUAUUACUUCUUCUUAUUAACAGUAUUUACCAGUAGUUGUGGGGGUUUCCUCUGCUCUGGAUGUAAUUCCUACAUUGUUUCUAAAGUAUUUGUUUACCUUUUUUAUGUAGUUUCUUUACUUAUGAGUUUGUUUACCUUUUUUAGUUCCUUUACUUAUCAUUCAUUAUUUGUAUUAGAAUCAAGUCCAUAUUUACUGUAUAAAUA